AUGGACAUCAACACAGACCUGACGACGCAGUCGCUGCUCCUCGCGGCCUCGAACCACGACCUCCCCGCCCUGCGCGACCUGCUGCGCAACACGAGCGCCAACGUGCAAGAUAGCGAGACGGGCUUCACGCCCUUGCACGCCGCCAUCGCCGCGUGCGAGCGGGACAUCGACACCAACCAACAGCAAGCGCCCAUCGAGCAAGCCGCAGAAGACGGCCAAAGCAAGCAGCGCACCGCCGACGACGACCUCGCCGCCGCAGCCGCAACAGUGCGCCUGCUGCUCCAAAACGGCGCCAUCUGGAACGACCUGGACGCAGCAGGCGAGACGCCCGGCUGCAUCGCGGCGCGCCUCGGCCUGCCAGAGCUGUACGGGCUGAUCGUCGACGCCGGCGUGCGUGCCGAGCUGCUGCUGGGCCGGCUGGACGAGUACCAGAUCCUGGGCGGGGGGGAAGAUUCUGGCUCCGAGGAGGAAGACGAGAACGAGGACGAAGAAGUUGAGAAAGCAGAAGGCGAGGAGGACGGGUUCGAGGUGCUCGAGCACGACGGCGCGGGCGAGGGCGAGAGCGAGGACCUCGCUGCGUCGGGCGUCGUUGUUGAGGCCACCGAAGCCGCCGAUGAUGCCCCCGCAAACCCCGAUGUCCAGAGCGCGGCGUACCUCUCCUCGGAGCUGACAUUCACGGGCGACCGCCUGCUCGACAGCGACAAGAACGGCGUCAUGAUGGCGUGGGAGACGCAGCUGAUGCGGCGUAGCGCCGAGCUGCUGCUGCCCCAGGCAGGCCUGCGCGUCCUCAACGUCGGGCACGGCAUGGGCAUCAUCGACGGGAUAAUCCAGGAGCAUGCGCCCGCGGCACACCACAUCAUCGAGGCGCACCCGGCCGUGGCGGCGCGGAUGCGCGCCGAGGGCUGGGACAAGAAGCCCGGCGUCGUGGUGCACGAGGGCCGCUGGCAGGACGUCGUUGACGACUUGGCUGCGCAGGGCCUCGUCUUCGACGCCAUCUACUUCGACACCUUUGCCGAGGAGUACAAGGCGCUGCGCGACUUCUUCACCGAGCACGUCAUCGCGCUGCUGGACGCCGAGGGCCGCUUUGGCUUCUUCAACGGCCUGGGCGCCGACCGCAAGGUCUGCUACGACGUGUAUACAAAGAUCGUCGAAAUGGACCUCUUCGAGGCCGGCUUCGACACUGAGUGGGAGGAGAUCCCCAUCCCGGACCUCGACAAGGAUGGCGAGUGGGAGGGCGUGCGCCGAAAGUACUGGGUCCUGGACACGUACCGGCUGCCGACGUGCAAGCUCAUCGGCUGA